GUGGCCGUGUCCCGUUCGUCCAGCGCCCGGUCGGACACAGCUCGUCUCCCCCCGUCCUCCAGCGGCUCCUCAAGUGGCUCCUCCAGCGGCUCCUCCAGCGGCCUCCUCCCAGCGCCUCCUCCGGCCCCGGCCUCUCCAACAGCUCCGCAGCCGCCGCACGAAGCCCGAACUCCGCCAUGAACCCCGAAUACGAUUAUUUAUUCAAGCUGCUGCUCAUCGGAGACUCUGGAGUGGGGAAGUCCUGUCUCCUCCUGCGCUUCGCCGAUGACACGUACACAGAGAGCUACAUCAGCACCAUCGGAGUCGACUUCAAAAUCAGGACCAUCGAACUGGACGGGAAGACCAUCAAGCUGCAGAUCUGGGACACAGCUGGACAGGAGCGUUUCAGGACCAUCACCUCCAGUUAUUACAGAGGAGCUCACGGCAUCAUCGUGGUCUACGACGUCACAGACCAGGAAUCCUUUAAUAACGUGAAGCAGUGGCUUCAGGAGAUCGACCGUUACGCCAGUGAGAACGUCAACAAGCUCCUCGUGGGAAACAAGUGUGACCUGACCACCAAGAAGGUCGUGGACUACACCACAGCCAAGGAGUUCGCCGAUAACCUGGGGAUCCCGUUCCUGGAGACGAGUGCGAAGAGCGCGACCAACGUGGAGCAGGCCUUCAUGACGAUGGCGGCCGAGAUCAAGAAGAGGAUGGGCCCCGGGGCCACGGCCGGAAACGCCGAGAAAAGCAACGUCAAGAUCCAGAGUAAACCGGUCCAGACCAGCUCCGGGGGCUGCUGCUAAAGACCGGACUCCGGGAACACGGACUCAGAGGCAAAGUGGCUCCUGGUGGAACCGCGGCGGCUCCAAACACACACACACACACACACUUUCUCACUUUGAAGCUUUUAACUCUGGAAAAACACAUCGGAAUUGUUUUUAUUCUCCUUUUCCGUUGAUGAAGUUUAAUAUUUUAUGUGUUUCAAAAAUCCAAAAUAAAAAAUUCCACAACUCUCAAACUCAAACCUGCAGCAAAGAUCCAAAGAUCUGAGACGCCGAGACCCGAGCGCCGUCGGGAAACGCCGUCGGGAAACGCCGUCGGGAAACGCCGUCGGGAAACGCCGUCGGGAAACGCCGUCGGGAAACGCAGCAGAGUCGGUCUCAUCUGAUUCUUCUUCUGUAAACUCACGUGUGAAAGUCCAGGACAAAUGAAGCAGGUGUUUGUUUCCUGUGGUCAGAACCAAACGUCCUCGGGUUUGUUCAACAGUUUGAUCUGACACUAAAAAAGUGAAA